CGUUUGUAAACAAGACCUCUGAACUCAUGACGUCAUCUCUGUGCGCGCACUCUGUCCUCCGUUCCGUGAGCUCUUCAGCCGUAUACUCCGGCUCAAAACGGUAAGGACGGCCAUCAUAUUCAAAGUCGUCGUCCACAACCUCAGAAUUUGACAAAUAUUCAGACAUGUUUCAAAUAACUAACAGUAAACUAACAGUAGCGAACUCCAGCUGUACACGGAGCUGUGUCUGGGACGCGCGCACAGAGAUGACGUCAUGAGUUCAGAGGUCUUGUUUACAAACGGAAAUUUAUUAUUUAUUUAAUACACAGACCGCGCCACAAUGUUACAACAGGUCCUGGAAGCAGAUCUAGUGAUUCAUAAAAGAAAUGAACGAGUUUCGUGGCAAUCAUGUGUUAUUUAGACGCUGCAUCGUCUGCGUCCGUCUAUGCCCUCAUGCGCUCCAUUACACGGAGAAGCGGCUCGCAAAAAAACUCCUAAUAUCUUCCGAAGGACUCCAAAUGACACCAAACUUUUCUGGAUCAAACAACCUGCUGUCUGCUGGUUUCUGCAGGAAAAGAUGUCCUCCAACGUUUUCUUCAUCGCACUUUUGACCUUUGCUGCAGCUGCAGGUUGGGAUUUACUAGGUGAAAGAGAAAAAGUCCAAACGGUAUGUGUGGGGAAGGAAUUCCGACUUCCGGUGGACUCCACAUCUAGAAUCGUAACUUUUUCGCCAGACGAUCAGGGACCGAGACGAGUCCUGCUGGAGCAAACCACUGUGAAGGACCCGCGGUUCGAGUGGACCAGAGAUAAGACGUUGGUCCUGAAAGAGGUUACUCACGGUGAUCAGGGAAUUUAUGCCAACAAACUGUCUGUUGGAUUCACCUACGAGACAGUUCAUCUGUUUGUUUCAGAAUGCAUCAAGCCCUAUCGCAGACACUACGGGGAGACGUUUGAACACAGCAUCCCUGAAAAUGGCUCCUUGCUGGAGUUUUCCCCGCGGGGCGCUCCUGCUGAGGCGAUGCCAGUGGUGUUGUGGAAUCAGACAAACCCCGAAACGAGUGACGCGGGUCGGGGGCGGCUGCUGCGAGGUGGGAGGGUCUGGGUGGCGGAUAGGGUCACGCAAUCAGACCAAGGCAACUACACUGUGAGAGACGAUAGUGGGAAGGUUCUGUCUCGUAGCACGCUCUCCGUCCGAGGUCACUCCUUCAACAUUACACGCCUCACUAAGGAGUCUCUAACCCUCCCCUUGUUUCUCCCUGUCCAUCACGCCCACCUCAUUUUUACCCCUGGACGAAUUCCUGAUGAAUCCUCCCUGGGCCCUUUCGACCCCAAACCCCCGCGUGGCCCCGUGCAGCUGAUUCGCGAGGGUCAGAUCACAGACCACGAUUUGCGCUACAGAGGUAUCGUCUCUCUGAGCAGGAACGGCUCCGUCAAUGAAGUCGUCAUCACGAGACUUACGUCGAGGCACGAUGGGUUAUACGAAGUCAGAGACGUGAACGGCAACCUGGUUUCCUCUACCUACGUGCAUGUGAUUGACAAAAGGGGGAGCUCUUGGCGAGCACUCCUUAAGUCCAUCACCGUUCCUUCUGGCAUGUUUGUGUCACUUGCUGGAUUCAUCUUGUUCAUGAAGCGCUACCCAAACUGCAGCCUGACGCAGAUCCUCACCGGUAUCAGAACAAACGCCCAACCCACACCACCGCCCAACCCUCCCACGGCUAACAUCCAGGAAUACAGUCAUUUCCAUCCACCGCCUCCAGCCUACAGUCUCCCCAAGCAGCCUGGAACGCCAAGAAAAUGGACCCCAAGAGCUAGUCUUGCUCAGUCUAAUUACUCCCCUGUUAUCACCGGGUCCCCGACAACUGAGAACCAACAAAUGUCAGCGGCGGGAAGCUCUCCUCAUCAUGAUACAACCACUGAGCUAUAUAAAUCCAACGAGGAGGACAGCCGGAUUUCUUUCUCUGUGCCCGGCACCUCAGACUGCCUUCACUCCUCCGGGGACUGCGUCCAGUUUCAGAUCAAGAAAGAUGGAGAUGAGGAAAGGUGGAGCAAAUCCCAGGAGUUCUUUUCCAGACUGCCUCUAGACACUGACACCUCUGAAUCUUGCAGUGUUUACACUUCAAAGAAACUAGACUUUUUGUGAAAUUACAGCUGAAAGAAAGUGUGAACAGUCAAGAUUUUUAGGUGAUGUUAUGGAAGAGAAUUACCCCACCUGUGCAAGGUGCAGUUUAAAUUUUUCCAAGGCAUGAUUUGAGAAUUAACUUUCCCGUCUAUUGUUGCACUGCCUGAAGGUACUCCUGAAAUCUCGUCCUUUUACCUACCUCCAGACCCUCAGGACCAAUAUGAUCUGCACUGUUUGUUGAGUGUCUCACUGUUUCUCUGUGUUAUAUCAACUCUACUGUUACAUAGAAAGUAAAAUAGCGAUAAUUAAGUUUGUAAAAUAGAAUUUUUCAGUCUUUUGAACCAGUAUAGCGUUAUUUGAAGUGCUCACUGUUCAUAAGCAUCACAAAUGAAUAAAUCCGGCUAGAGCCUAGCCCCACUGUCAGUGGGAGAGAAGGGGGCAACUAUUAGUUUGUUUUGCAUUUUAAUUACUUUUGCAGGCAUGUUGUAAUUAAUGUCAACACAAAUGUAGUAAGAGAUAUAUAAUGUGUGACAUGCUUCUUCAAAUCUUGUAACAGCUUAUUAAACGUUGAACUUUUGAAGGAUAAAAUUACCACAUCUUCCCAGCAACUGAUAUAAAAAUAAAUUCUGUCAAAAACAA